AUGGAAGAAACUCCGCUAGUUUCGUUAUCAUUAACCCACGUACAUUAUAACCCCGAGGAUCCCCUUUCCUUCCUAUCGGCCUGGCUUGCUCUGGUCCCACAAGCACUAUGCGUCGCCUACGUGACUCUAAUCUGGGCCUCGAGGGAAGUGGAGGUGGGCUUGAUGUUUGCCGGUCAACUGGGCUGUGAGGCACUGAAUUUCGUUCUCAAGCGGAUCAUCAAAGAGGAACGACCGAAGCAGAUGUUCGGCAAGGGUUAUGGUAUGCCAUCAUCUCAUGCCCAAUUCGUCGCAUUCUUCGCCGUCUAUCUGAGCCUAUUUCUCCUCGUUCGGCACGUUCCGAAUCCCGAUUCCACAUCCUACUUUCUCAUGCGGGUCGUCCUGGCCAUCGGCCUGUGCCUCGGAGCCAGUGCGGUGGCCGUGAGCCGCAUUUACCUGAACUAUCAUACUCCCCGACAAGUGCUGGCAGGAUGUGCUGCUGGAGUCUUUUGCGCAGUAUCUUGGUACCUCGUGACGGGGGUUUUACGGGCGAAUGGAUACAUUGAGUGGGCCUUGGACUUGGGGGUAUCCCGUCUAGCCCGACUUCGGGACUUGGUGGUGAGUCAAGAUCUCACAGAAGCCGGAUGGCAGCAGUGGGAAGCGCAGCGAAAGUUAAAGCGGCCGGGUCACAGUAAGCGUCGGCCACCCAAGUCGGAUUAG